AAAUCAAAAAGUGCACUCUAAGACUAAAGGCUGAAAAUAAAGAAAAUCUAGACAAGUAUCAUGGACUGUCAGGCUUCAGGAAACCCAAAGACUGGCGAGGCUUCAGCUAGAUGUGGAGUAAAAGUGGGCAAUGAAAUAACUAACGCCAGUGCUGGAGUAUUUGCAUCCACUCCUGGAACUGGGGGACCCGUCACGAAGGGAGUUUAUGGAGCCGUUAAUAGCAAUGGCCAUGGCCUGUCGCUGCAGCAUGGUCAUGUUGAGCACUUUGGUAGCACCACCACUGCAGCUGCCCAGGUCAAUCUUCACCAGAAUCAGAAUUCUUCGCUGAAUGCCACAGGAUUUCAUAGCCACAAUCGCUCCCACGAACAAUUUGGCGGCGGUCUUAAUCUGCAAACGUCGGCGGGACACCAGGCGGCAAUGGGAGUCACCAGGGUGCCCAAGUUCGACAUGACCACCGUUCAGGCCCAGGGAACCGCGAAUCUUUACACCUCUCCAAGCGGGAAUGCCAAUCUCAAUGCCACCGGAAAUGCCACACAUCAUUUCAGUGGACCGUUCCGUGGAAAGACUGAUUACGGUGGCGGCGUUAACUUUCGCUAUAACUUUUGAACUUGCUUCGCCUAAGCAAUUUAAUUAUGAAUCAAUUCAAUAUUAUAUUCCCUAAUGAAAUAUAUAAAAAAAUAAUACAUUUGUA